AUGGAGAAGCUGGCCUGGAAUGAGAUGGGAAUAGCCCAGCCCGAGUCUCCCUCCCACAUUAAAUUGCUCGUAAUCAACCGGGAGCUUCUGGUCACCCACAUCCGCAACACGCAGUGCCUGCUGGACAACCUGCUGAAGAAUGACUACUUCUCGGAGGAAGACGUGGAGAUCGUGCGUGCCUGCCCCACCCAGCCUGACAAGGUCCGCAAACUCCUGGACCUGGUGCAGAGCAAGGGUGAGGAGGUGUGCGAGUUCCUCCUCUAUGUGCUGCAGCGACUCGAGGACGCAUACGUGGACCUCAGGCCUUGGCUGUCGGAGAUCGGCUUCUCCCCUUCCCAGCUCAUUCAGAGCAGAGUUGUGGUCAACACCGACCCAGUGAGCAGAUACACCCAGAAGCUGCGCCAUCACCUGGGCUGCGACUCCAAGUUUAUCCUGUGCUAUGGGCAGAAAGAGGAGCUGCUGCUGGAGGAGGUGUACAUGGACACGGACAUGGAGCUCGUUGACUUCAGCAACGAGAGCCUGGGCCUCCUGGGCAGCCUGGCCGGCCUCCUGGACCACUCCACGGGCCUUCUCAACGAGCAGGGCGAGACAGUGUUCGUGUCGGGUAGUGCGGGCGUGGGCAAGACCAUGCUGCUGCAGCGCCUGCAGGGCCUGUGGGCCUCCGGCCAGCUGGGCGCGGGCGUCAAGUUCUUCUUCCACUUCCGCUGCCGCAUGUUCAGCUGCUUCAAGGAGAGCGAUGCGCUGUGUCUGCAGGACCUGCUCUUCAAGCACUACUGCUACCCGGAGCAGGACCCAGAGGAGGUGUUCGCCUUCCUGCUGCGCUUCCCGCACAAGGCGCUCUUCACCUUCGACGGCCUGGACGAACUGCACUCGGACUUCGACUUGAGCAGCGCGCUGGACACCUGCUCCCCGCUGGAGCCCGCGCAUCCACUGGUCCUGCUGGCCAGCUUGCUCAGCGGGAAGCUGCUCAAGGGCGCCACCAAGCUGCUCACGGCGCGCACGGGCAUCGAGAUCCCGAGGCAGCUCUUGCGGAAGAAGGUGGUCCUCCGCGGCUUCUCGCCCAGCCACCUGCGCGCCUACGCCCGGCACCUGUUCCCGGAGCGCGCGCUGCAGACGCGCCUGCUGGAGCAGCUGGAAGCCAACCCCAACCUCUUCAGCCUGUGCGCUGUGCCCCUGUUCUGCUGGAUCAUCUUCCGCUGCUUCCAGCACUUCCACGCCGCCUUCGACGACGCUCCGCAGCUGCCCGAUUGCACGGUGACGCUGACUGACAUCUUCCUCCUGGCCACUGAGGUCCACCUCAACAGGACGCAGCCCACGAGCCUGGUGCAGCGCAACACGCGGAGCCAGGCCGAGGCCUUCCGCUCGGGCCUGGGCACCCUGCGCGCGCUGGGCCGGCUGGCCCACUGGGGCAUGGAGCGUAGCCUGUUUGUUUUCAGCCAGGAUCAGGUGCAGGCCUCGGAGCUGCAGGAGGCAGACCUGCAGCUGGGCUUCCUCCGGUCAGUGCCAGAGCCUGGAGGGGAGCAGCCGUCCAGUGAGUUCUUCCACAUCACCCUCCAGGCCUUCUUUACCGCCUUUUUCCUAGUGGUGGACGACAGGGUGGGCAUGAAGGACCUGCUCAGGUUCUUCCAGGAGUGGACACCUCCAGGGAAGGCGGCAGUGCCCUCCUGCUUCCCCUUCUUCCUUCCCGCACAAUGUCUGAGGAGCACUAGCUUGCCACGGGAAGACCCUUUCAAGAACAAGGACCACUUUCACUUCACCAACCUCUUCCUGUGUGGGCUGUUGUCCAAAGCCAAACACAAACUGUUGGGGCACCUGGUGCCCAGGGCCGUGCUCAGGAGAAAGCGCAAGGCCCUAUGCGCACACCUGUUUGCCAGCCUCAAGUCCUACUUGAAGAGCUUGCCCCGAGUUCACACUGGGGAGCACAACCAGGUGCAGGCCAUGCCCACCUUCAUCUGGAUGCUGCGCUGCAUCUACGAGACCCAGAGUGAGAAGGUGGGGCAGCUGGCAGCCAGGGGCAUCUGUGCCGACUACCUCAAGCUGACCUACUGUAACGCCUGCUCGGCGGACUGCAGUGCCCUGGCCUUCGUCCUGCACCACUUCCCCAAGCGUCUGGCCCUCGACCUGGACAACAACAAUCUCAACGACUAUGGUGUGCGGGAGCUGCAGCCCUGCUUUAGCCGCCUAACUGUGGUCAGACUCAGCGUGAACCAGAUCACUGACAGUGGAGUGAAGGUGCUAUAUGAAGAGCUGACCAAAUACAAAAUCCUAACGUAUCUGGGCUUAUACAACAACCAGAUCACUGAUGUGGGUGCGAAGUAUGUCGCCAGGAUGCUGGAUGAAUGCCAAAGCAUCACACACCUAAAGAUAGGAAAAAACAAAAUAACUAGUGAAGGAGGCAAGUGUCUCGCCCUGGCGGUGAAGAACAGCAGAUCAAUCUUUGAUGUUGGGAUGUGGGGCAAUAAAAUCGGAGAUGAAGGAGCAAAGGCCUUCGCAGAGGCUCUGAGGAACCACCCCAGCUUGACCAACCUGAGUCUCGCAUUCAACGGCAUCUCCACAGAAGGAGGAAAGAGCCUGGCUCGGGCCCUGCAGCAGAACACGUGUCUGAGGAUAUUCUGGCUCACCAAAAAUGAACUCAACGAUGAAGUUGCAGAGAGCAUGGCAGAAAUGCUGAAAGUCAACCAGACGUUGAAACAUUUAUGGCUUAUCCAGAACCAGAUCACAGCCAAGGGGGUUUCGCAACUGGCAGCUGCGUUGCAGAACAACACUGGUAUAAUGGAGAUCUGCUUAAAUGGAAACUUGAUAAAGGCUGAAGAGGCCAAAGUCUUUGAAAAUGAUAAGCGCAUUGUCUGUUUCUAA